CCGUGCGACAACUGUAUGUCUUGUGGCUAUAAACAUUUGUUCGUGCUUGACUCUGGGAUAUUUUCUGUUGCAAGAAAUCAGAUUAGUUGAAAUAUCCAUUCUCGUCGCAAAGGCGUUGUUUGUUUUUGCAAGUUACAUCGACACCUACAGAUCAUUAAUUUACGUCUCCUUUCAGAUGUGUGAAUAGUUCUUUUAAAUGCUAACACUUGAAUACGGUGACAUAUAAUAGAGUAUCAACAGAUUACGUUUCAGCUUAAAAAGAUUUAAUUGAUUCCAAACAGGUGUACGGGACGGAUCGUUCAUUUUGUGGGAUCAUGCCAUAUUCGGACCAAUUUUUGCCUGCUGAGAUCGUUUUUGGUCAAUCAUGAAUAUUACGGUGCUCGGAGACAUGGACAGGUCACGAGACUUGAAUGACAAUCAUCUGCACGAGGACAUGGCGGAUAGUAACUCUCAUGAGAAAGAAAACAGAAAGGUCCGACGAGUGCAGUUGGUGGUACCUGAACCUAAGCGUCUCGUGUCACCGCAGAUGAAGCCGCUCGCCGAGGAGACGCUUGCAAGUGUCUCACGGGACCAAGAGCGCGACGGGCACUCCGUCAGCCAAGGGUUCUUCCCUUACUUGCAAUACUCGCGCCUCCCAUGGACGUUUCCGUUUCAUUCCGGAUAUCCGGGAUUCCAAAACGGGUCGGUUUAUCCAUUUCCGGGAGUACCAGGAUAUCCACUUUCGGGAUUGACGGACGCUUUUCCAAGAUUGCCGUAUGAUUAUCUGCACCAUUUCGCCAUGGGAUUUCCAAUUCCAAGACCCCAACUUCCAGUUCCGCCAUUCGCAGGAAUUUACCCACCAAGUUUCGAAGGCGUAUCUGCCCCAUUUCACAAACUUGAUCUUGGUCUCUCAACAACUGAGAAAGUUGAACUCAACGAAAUUAGAGAGGUUUCAAAAAUAGUGACAGAAACUGAUGAGAAACUAAUUGCAAACACAGAUUUACCAAGUCCGAGUAUGUCCACCACAAACGCGGCGUCAGAAAGCGAAAUUGAGCAUGAUCAUGAAGAAAAAUCACAUAUUCAAAAGGACCCUCCCUACGACAGUUUUAAGUACCAGUGCAGUGACUGCGGCAAGUCGUAUUCCACGGUCAGCGGUCUCUCGAAGCAUAAGCAGUUCCACUGCAAUCACGACAAGAAAGACUUCGCGUGUAAAUACUGCGACAAACUGUACGUAUCGCUAGGCGCACUGAAAAUGCACAUACGGACGCACACGUUACCCUGUAAAUGUAAAAUUUGUGGGAAAGCGUUCUCGCGACCUUGGUUACUUCAAGGUCACGUUCGGACGCAUACAGGUGAGAAACCGUUUUCCUGCUUCCACUGCAUGCGCGCGUUCGCGGACAGGUCAAAUCUUCGCGCGCAUUUGCAGACGCAUUCGGAAGUGAAGAAAUACAGCUGUAAGUCAUGUAGUAAGACAUUUUCGCGCAUGUCUUUGUUGUUGAAACAUGAAGAUUCCUGUAUGCGUUUAUGACGUAAUGACAUUGUAAGUUGCGACAGUAUUUAUUUAUAUUAUGGCGUCAUAAUUAACAUUAUUUAUAUCUAGUGUUUUUUUUUACAAACGUUAUAUAUCAAUAUUUAUUGUUUGGGUUUAAUUUUGUCUUCCAGUAUUUUAAAAGACCAUUUAUUGAUAUAAAUGAUAUUAGAGCGAAUGAUUAUGCAUGCAUACAUGUAUCAUCACUUUAUUUGUUUUGACUGUUCAAAUUGGUUCAUGCGAAUUUGAUAUUAGUAUUACCAGAUCAGAAGUUACAUAUUGAUUUAAUAUUGACCAUCUAUAGUACUGUAGGAAUGUUGCGUUUUCGAAGGU